AUGAUUGAGCUCCACCUCCGAGAUAACGUCCGGGAUGGCUUUACUCCCUCAACAUCUCCUGCGAAAAGAGAAGCACAAAUAUACAAGGAAUUCCUCAAUGUUACAGGAGAUCCGAUGACGACCUCUGUUUUGAUGGUGGCUAGAGAUGGAGGAUCGAUGCAUCGUGAAGGACAUUUGCUCGAAGCUAGAGCUAUUAUACAGUGGAUAUCAAAAAAUCUGACCGUCGAAUACGGAUCCGAAUCGGUGGGCUAUGACACGUUUUGUGGUUCAUAUUGCGAUGCGAACUUGCCAACUCAAAUGUUCAUCGAUUUUUCGGUGAAGCGGGGCAGGAAUGAGACGUUGGAUUAUGAUAUGGAGCUGACAUACCCCAUCAGUCGCCUGAUCACCUUCGACAUUCCCAUCCACUUGGAGAGAAGCUUUUUCGGGGUGAUCGGCUCCGAGAUCGUGGAUGUGGAGAUCAAUCGUGAAGCUCAGCGGAUGUCCCCCUAUUUUGCAUACGGUUUCGGGGCAAUGUUUCUCUUUGUCUGCUCUACCGUAUACUUCUCGGCACUGUAUUUUGAUAGGCUAAAUUGG